GGCAGGUGUUUGGGUCUGCAGGGAGGGGUGGCCCUACCCCUGAGGUAUGAAAGCCCCUGCCCGGGUCCUAGCUCUGAGUCUGGAUGGGGACACGGGGACUGCAGGGCCUGGGUGGGAGGCCCCAGGGGAGGGGCUGCCUCUUGCUGGCUGUGGCAGGAGCUACAUCGCUGGUGACCCUGCUGUUGGCAGUGCCUAUCACUGUCCUGGCUGUGCUGGCCCUGGUGCCCCAGGAUCAGGGACGUCAGGUUGAGAAGAUCGUUAUUGGCUCGGGAGCACAGGCUCAAAAAGGACUGGACAACAAACCCUCGUGCAUCUCGCCCUCACCCUCUAGCCUCUCAGAGACUCCCGAUCCCCGUCUGCAUCCUCAGAGAUCCUAUUCUUCCAGGAAUCUAGAUCCCACAUCCCAGCGCCCUGUUGCACAGCCCUCUCGGGAGGCAUCUGCAUGGGUGACCACCCUGUCCCCAGCUGUGGAUUCUAUACUAGAUCCAGGGGUUCAACAGCUGCCAUUGGGGGAACCAGAAACUGACUUCAGCCCCGAGCUUCCUGCUGCCCACCUCAUAGGCGCUUGGAUGAGCGGGCAAGGGCUCAGCUGGGAGGCGAGCCAAGAAGAAGCGUUUCUGAGAAGCGGUGCGCAGUUCUCCCGCACCCAUGGGCUGGCGCUGCCUCAGGACGGCGUCUACUAUCUCUACUGCCAUGUCGGGUAUCGGGGCCGGACGCCCCCUGCCGGCCGAAGCCGCGCUCGCUUGUUCACGCUGCGCAGCGCCCUGUACCGCGCGGGGGGCGCCUAUGGGCGGGGCUCCCCCGAGCUGCUGCUGGAGGGCGCGGAGACCGUGACCCCUGUUGUGGAUCCCAUCGGGUACGGGUCUUUGUGGUACACGAGCGUGGGGUUCGGCGGCCUGGCGCAGCUCCGGAGCGGCGAGAGGAUAUACGUCAACAUCAGUCAUCCCGACAUGGUGGACUACAGGAGAGGGAAGACCUUCUUCGGGGCGGUGAUGGUGGGGUGACAGCCAACUGCAUUCCUGGAGGAUCUACUGACGGUGCGAAUGUGUGAAUCAUGAUGUCUGGCGAGUCAAGAAGCCUGGGACCCCAGGAUCCGGGACAGCUAGGGGCGUGGCGCGGGGUUCGGGAGAUGUAGGACACGAAUUUUGAAAAUAAAGAAUGUAAACUA